AUGAACUCUUCCAUAGACGACCAAUUGAUCUUGGAGUAUUUCAAGGGUACGUUGGUCCUGGACCCCCACAUACGUCGGGAGUCAGAACUACAGUUGGCCAAGCUACAUCGAUUACCCGGGUUCUUGGAAAGUUGUGUCAAAAUCAUCAACUCCCACAAUGGUCCCAUCGAGUACCCGGUUCCCAAAGAAACACAAGUAGCCUGUGCCGUUUACUUUAAAAAUACCAUCAACCGAUAUUGGGGCUCCGGGGAAAUAGCAUUGGCAGAUAAACCGUUCAUUAAAUCCAAUUUCCCCCAAAUUAUGAUCGAUUCCAACUAUAAUAUCAAGCAACAGUUGCUUCCCACUCUCCGGAUUUUGAUUCAAAGUGAGCUCCACGACUGGAUGGACUUACUCCAAACCGUCAACGCAUUGUUGGGAGAUUCUUUUAACAUGGACAGCAUCAACAACGAAGUUGAGUUGAAUAAGGUGUACACGGGCAUGCUUUGUCUAUCUGAGAUCUCACGAAGUUUCCGAUGGAUGAAGAACUCCCAGCGUCAAGAAUUGGAGCUUAUCAUAGAAGAGUUUUUCCCCAGGCUCUUGUUUAUCGGCGAGUGCUUGUCAUCGGACUCAGCCAACUUGAACGAGUUUAAAGCCGAGAUCUUGAAGCUCAUUUUAAGAUGCUACAAAUUCGUCACUUAUUUGGAUCUACCCCAAAGUCUACAAACACCGGCCCUGAUCAUCCAGUGGGGGCAGUUCCACGGCAGCCUUGUGAAUAUGAAGCUACCUGCGUAUGUGUUGAACGCCAGGCUCUCGGAAAACGAAAAGAACCAGUUUCAGCUCUCUAAAGUCCUCAAAUGGUCUUUGGCAAACAUCAACAGAUGUGCAACCCGGUACGUUACUGGUAGCAACUUCAAGUAUGACCAGUUCAAGGCUGUCUACGUCCACGAGUUUCUUCCCUACUUGGUGAGCAACUUGGUGUCGAUAGUGGAGAUGUGGUGUGCUGGAACUCGGUGGCUCAACCUUUCAGCCCUCUAUUACUUGAUUGAAAUUCUUCGUACCUCUAUUAGUUUGAAGAAUCUCUGGGUUCCCAUCAAGAAGAUCUUGCCUCACUUGGUGCAGUACUUCAUGUACCCCAUCAUUGUUCCCAGUGAUGACAAAAUCGAGACUUUUGAUAAUGACCCUCAUCAGUACAUACUGCUCACCUUCAAUGUGUUUUUGGACGACACCAAUGCCCCUGAUACCGCUGCCAUCAACUUCAUCAAGACGUUGCUACAGCAGCGGAAGAAGUACUCGUUUGGUAUCAUCAUGUCGUUUAUUCAUGAUGAGCUACUUGCACUUGUUAAUAUGGAAGAGACCCUCGACCUGGCCAAAAAGAGAGAAGCGAUUUUGAGGCUAGUAGGGUCCAUCUCGGGGAACUUGAUCAACAGCCUGGAAAACAAGUUUUACGACCAUAUGGAAGAGUUUUUGAUGAAGUUGGUUCUCCCCAACGUCCGAAGUAAUUACAAGUUUUUGGUGGCUCGAACGUUUGAGAUUCUUGGGAGUUUCAGUGACUUGGAGUUUAAAAGCGAAGAGAAUUUGAAUCUCGUCAUCUAUGAAGUGUUGAAGAAUUUUGGCUUCAACAGUCACCCAAUUGAGACCGAUUUGGCGGUUGUGUUGGAGAACUCGCUUUGUCUCCAGAGCUAUUUGCAUAUUCCUCAGUUCAAGGAGACGUUGUCGGUGAUGGUAUUACAGGUGAUUUCAAAAUUAUUGGAGAUCAGUAACGAAAUAGAUAACGACACUAUUUCGGUAGUGAUACAAGAGUGUGUGGAGACGUUUGGUCAAGAGUUGCAACCAUUUGGAAAAGAGUUGGUCGAUAAACUCGUGAGGAACUUCAUGCGAAUUGUGAGCGAACAGGAAGGGGAUGAGAAAUCAGACGAUUACGAAGGGGUCGAUUCCAACGAUGAUAAAGUCAUCGCCGGAAUUGGGAUCCUCAACACUAUCGUGACGGUGCUCAUAUCGUUUGAAGAGAACCGGUACGUUGUGAGAGAGUUGACAGACAAAUUGAUUCCUAUGAUCAAAUACAUUUUGGUUCACCGAAACGAAAACUACUUGAGCGAAACCUGUGAGAUCAUCGAGAACUUGGUGUACUUGAACAAGGACGUGCUGCAGGACAUGUUUGACGUGUUGCGGUUGAUCAACGACCUCAUUAAUGACGGACUCGGAGUCAUGUAUUUCGAAGAGAUGUUACCCGCUUUGAAGAACUACUUGCUUUACUUUGAAGACGAACAACCCCUGCCCCUCGACACUGAGUUCAUCGAGAUCUUUUUGAACGUCUUCAUCCAUAUGAAUGAGAACGUCGAGAGCUUGGGCGACCUGGUGUUGAACUUUGAACUCAUCCAAUACUUCAUUUUGAUCCUUAAAGUCAAGCUGGUGGGAUACUUCAACGUUAUUAUCGGCCAACUCAUCCCGCUCUUCAAGGUGUUUGAUACUCCCAACCCCGAUGUCAACUUGUACUUCCGCAUCUCGUUCUUGAAUAUCAUCAUCUGCAUGCUCAUCUACGACUCCAACUUUGUCAUCAUAAACCUCAACGAAAUGUUCAUCAAGUUCUUCUUGGGCCACUGGAUCCAGGUCAUCCCCAAACUCACCCGGUGCUAUGACAUCAAAUUGUCGAUACUCGGCCUAAUCUCCUUGAUCAACAACAAUAACCUCGUGGCCAACCCCGACUUUGCUACCAACUUGGUAUACCUCCUCAAAACAUUACCCACGGCUAUCAGAGAUCUCCGUAAGCGAAGAAAACAGUUUAUUGCCGACUUCAAAGAUGAGUUUGAUGGGUCCCGGUCAACAAAUGCAGAAGAUGGUGACAACUACGGGCUGUUUGGCGAUAGUGGAGAUGAGACGGAGGCCGACGAAGACAUUGUCAACGACGACCACUGUGAUUUCCUUGAUUUUCUUACCCAGGAGAACCUCAAACUCCUUUCACACGAAGAGAAUAUCAUUGAGGACCCAUUGGAAACCACUCCUCUUGAUCACGUCAAUUUACCAGAGAUUCUAAAGAACUUUUUCAGUCUCUUGCAAACCAAGAAGAACGACCGAUACCUCGAGCUCUUUGGCAGCAUUCCAGAACAGGAAUUGCAAGGCUUCAUUAAAAAGUUAAUAAUAGCCUCAAUGUAA